GGUGCAUUUAUUCCCAAUGCUCAGGGCCUUGCUGAUCGUCCCGACAUAGACAUGGCCAGUGCCGAUUCAGUUUUGAUGCCGCCUCCACCGGCACCAUCUUCCAUCGCUGCCUUCCCAACGGAACCGCCUGUAACUUCGUCACAAGGUCUCGAACUCGAAACUGAACCUAAACAGUCAAUUGAUCCCCGGCUUCAUUUCUUUCAAACCCUUGACAUUCUUGACGACGCCGCACUAGCGGCCAGUUUUUUAUGCAAGCCAACAGCUGGGGGGAAUUGUAGUAAUACUGACUUCCAGCACUCAUUACCCUCAGUCGGUAGCCUGAACACCGCAGCCUUCACUUCGUCCUCACAAUCAGCCUUGACGCGGGCUGCUCAGCUGUUCAGUUCUGUCGCAUGUCGCCAACUUGGUCUAUCUCCGGUUGAUCCAGUUCAGACUGCCUUCGCAUCUGGCUGCCGUGUGUUGCCUCGGUUGCACUCGCUACAACGCGCCAUUGCCUGUCUAAGCAAGUAUAGCUCUUCAGAUGCGGAUAUGUUACCAGUGAGUUAG